UGCCAGCUGGUGGAACUUAUAUACCAGCUGUUGGAAUUUAUAUACCACCAAACCCUCCAAGAGAAGCACCUGCACCAGGACUACCUAAAACAUUUACAUCGUCACAUGGACAUAGACACAGGCAUGCACCAAAACCAACACAACAACCAACAGUUCAAAAUCCAGCACCACAACCAACAGUUCAAAACACUACACAACAACCAACAGUUCAAAAUCCAGAACCACCUCCACAACCAGCACAGCAACCAACAGUUCAAAACCCUGCACAACAACAACAACCACAAACAGAGCAAGGACAUAAAAGAAGUAGAGAACAAGGAAACCAAGAAUUCUUAA